AUGGUCUUUGAUCCUCAACUCAAUAUCCCAAUCCUUGACUUGUCGCAAUAUCGACCUGGGGAUCCAUCAUCUCAAGCUGAUACGGAUUCAUUUCUUGAACAGCUACAUACAGCCAUGCGCGAUGUGGGAUUCUUUUAUAUCAAGAAUCAUGGCGUAUCUGAAAAAUUGCAACAGGAUUCACUUGAGCUUACAAAGACCUUUUUCGCUUUGCCCGUGGAAGAAAAGCUAAAGAUCGAAACAAUAAACUCCCCUCAUUUUCGUGGUUACGCACGUUUAGACUCAGAGACCACAAAUUACAAACAAGAUCAUCGAGAACAACUUGAUAUCGCUCGAGAGCAACCAGCUGUAUCCAUGGAUUCACCCUACUAUCUCCAUAUGCAAGGCCCAAACCAAUGGCCCAAGGACCCACCUGAGUUGAAGGAAACGAUUUUGGAAUUUAUGGAUGAGUUGACCAAAGUAGCCCGAUUGCUGCUAAGUGCUAUGGUCAAAAGUGUCAAGGUGAUUGAUCACGACAGCUUUAUGAACAUGUUUACGGAUGACGCGUGCACUGUACGCAUGAAAUUGGCAAGCUACCCUGCUGGCAGUGUUGAAACCACAAAGGAUGGUGGAUGGGGUGUUGGACCUCAUAAGGAUUAUGGCAUUGUCACGGUACUUUUUCAAGAUCAAGUGGGUGGGUUACAAGUUCAAACGCAUCAUGGCGAGUGGGUGGACGUUACGCCUAUUCCAAACACAUUUGUUGUAAACAUUGGUGAAGUCUUUGAACGUUUGACACGUAAACGUUUCGUUGCCACCACACAUCGUGUCAAGGUGAGCGAUAAGCAUCGUUAUUCAUUGCCUUUGUUCCUGGGACCUCGAUUGGAUGCACGUAUCCCAGAGCUUGUGGAUGAUGGAGAGCCAACAAAGGAAGUGACAGAUGUAAAGCAAGAUCAAUUACUGCAAGAUCCAAUCUACGGCGUGAACCAGAUCAAUGGGUACCUCCGUAGCCAUAAGCGUGUGGCGGCACGUUGGUAUCAUUAUGAUGAGCAGACCCAAGAAUGGAAACGGCGAAUGACACCAUUUAUUGCCUAG